AUGCCAGCGUGGCUCAUGCGCCGUUGUGGCAUAUUAGUGAGUUGGCGUCUUUUUACGAGGAUGUCGGAUAAAAAAUACGAAAAAAUGAUUGGUGUCAUCGAUCAGGGGACCAGUAGCUCCCGAUUUGUGGUCUUCUCCGCGGUCACUGGCGAGGUGGUCGCCAAACACCAAAUUGAGAUUGGUCGGGAGCACCCUCAGUCUGGCUGGGUUCAACAAUCUGCAGCGGAGAUCUACCAAAGCACCCUCACUUGUAUGAAUAAAGUCGCUAAGAUUCUACAAUCACUCAAGGCUCCGAUUAAGAAUAUUGCUGCCAUUGGUAUUACAAAUCAGCGUGAAACAUCCAUUACUUGGGAUAGUCAAACCGGUGAACCCCUGUGUCCUGCUAUUGUAUGGUCAGACUCUCGAACUUCCGAUCUCGUUCAACACUUCAUUAACAAAACACCACAUAAGGACAAAAAUGCAUUCCAGGAGAAGACUGGUCUGGCCAUCCACAGCUACUUCUCAGCUUUAAAGAUUCGAUGGAUGCUUGAUAAUAUUCCAGCCGUGAAGGAGGCCAACGAAGACGGGAGACUAAAGGUUGGUACCGUCGACUGUUGGCUCAUUUACAAGCUGACUGGUGGUGCUUCCGGGGGCAAGCAUCUUACUGAUGUCACCAACGCCAGUCGCACAAAUCUCUUCAACAUCCGAAAGUGCAAAUGGGACUCGGAGUUGUGCCAGUUUAUUGGCAUUAAUCCUCGCAUCCUACCUACCGUGAUUAGCUCAGCUGAGGCCUACGGUCACGUCAGAGAUCGCGACUGUCGUCUCAGAGGGGUUGUCAUGGGCGGUAUCCUUGGUGAUCAACAGGCAGCUCUGGUUGGUCAGACCUGGGACCCAAAUCCGGAUCCAGACAGCCCUAGACCCCACGUGAAGGUCACUUACGGUACAGGUGCCUUCCUGCUCUGGGACAUUGGUGAGAAGGCCUCUUUCUCGCCUUAUGGCCUUCUCACUACCAUUGCCUACCAAAUGGGCCCUAAGGCGAAGGUUCAUUACGCUCUAGAGGGAGCAGUAGCUUACUCAGGAGCCACAAUGGACUGGCUUCGCUGCAAAUUAGAGCUCUACACGGACCACGCAAUAGGUGACGAGUUGGCAAAGAAGGCCUUACUAGAGCAGCACGGUCCAAUUCGGCGAAAACAGUCAGGUCAACUGGCCGAUUUGAAGACCAUGGAUGCGUGCUACCUUGUGCCCGCAUUCUCCGGCCUCUUCUGUCCCUACUGGCGUGAAGAUGCACGCGGUGUCAUCGUUGGUCUCGACGAGAACUGCACACGGGGCGAUUUGAUCGCCGCGGGUUAUCGUGCCUCUGCGUACCAGACACAGGAGGUCCUAGAAGCGGCCCGUGAAAUGAAUGACGGAACAAAACGCAGGCCUCCAAGGGUCAUUUCAGUCGAUGGCGGGCUGACAAAGAGCUCGGUACUCAUGCAAAGCCUCGCCGAUAUCACCGGCUCAACGAUUAUUCGACCCAACAAGUCGGAUGUGAUGACUGCACUGGGUGCAGCGGUGGCGGCAGCCAUAGCGGUGGGCAUCGAUCCCACCGAUCUUGUCUCCAUCCGCAAGCACGAGGGUGGCGAAGAAGAGGAGAAUACGUUCCGACCUAAAAUCAGUUCGAAGACUCGCCAUCUGUGGAUGAAAGGCUACCAUAAUGCAGUGAAACGCAGCUUUAACUGGCAGUCCGAUGUUAAUAAGGCAACUGGCGAUCGUGAUAGUGCGGAGGACUAA